AUGAAGAUUCGGCAGCUAGUGGGGCUGAGUGCGGUGUUGGCCAUCGGAGUUCAGUGGGUUCGCGGUCAAAACUGCGUCGGAACCGGUACCGAUUUCAUGUGUCCAGAUCCGCAGGGAUCGCUCGAGGUGUACGUGCGGCACGAGACCUACUGCAACCGGUUCUACAAGUGCAUCGAGGGCAAGCCCGUCGAGGGUCGAUGCCCCGCCGGCAGUUACUUUAACCCAGUGGAGAACCUGUGCUGCCCGGAUGAGUCCCUCUGCUAUCGAUCUCAACCGUGUGUGGCUCCGGUCGAGGGUUGCCAGGGCUGUGUCAACAAGCUGAUCCCAACCGGAGUCGAUCCGUCCGAGUUCUUUGUGUGCAACUGUGACGGAACCGGUGAAGGUCACAAGUGUCCGUGGGCGUUCGAUGCCUGUUCCAGGACAAACGUGACGCUAGUCUUUGUCAACGGACGCUGCCAGAACCCGAACGCGGCUGGAGCAACCACGGUGGAACCGGCUUCCACAACCACGGUAGCCCCGAGCUCGACGACUGAAGCUUCGACUACCACGGCGGAGACGACGACGACGACAGCUGCGUCUACGACGGCUGAUUCUACGACGGAGGCAAGUUCGACUACGGAGGCAUCUACGACAGAAGUGACUACGACGGUGGCGCCUGCCAAGCGGAAAAAGUAA